AUGCGUAACGACGAACAAUCGAUAGAAGUCGUUGUGACGAUCUGUGUAGAUAACAGUGCACCUGUCAAAUUCCUCAUGUUGUGAGGUUAUCUUUUUUUAUUCUGAUUUCCAGAAUUUUCUCAAAAUCUACAAUGGAUACACGCCAGAUGCGUGUAGAAAUUCUUCUCCUUUUUAUCUUCACGAUUUUUGGAUCAUUUUCAUUUGGAAAUGCAGCAUCCGCGCAUAUACACUCUCAUCAGCACAAUAAACAAAGUAGCAAUGAAAGAACAGAGGAUGGUGCAUUUAGUCCGCGAGACAUGGACCACUAUGCUGGGGGAGAACAUCAUCAAGAAUUUGAUCAUGAAGCUAUUCUAGGGAGUGUAAAGGAGGCAGAAGAGUUUGAUAAACUUCCAACUAAAGAAUCAAAACGACGUCUAGCAAUUUUAUUGACAAAGAUGGAUUUAAACAAUGACAAAUUUAUCGAAAGAAACGAACUAAAAGCUUGGAUUCUACGUUCCUUUAGCAUGCUUUCUGCUGAAGAAUCUCAGGAUCGAUUGGAAGAUGCUGAUACAGAUGAAGAUGGUAAAGUCAAUUGGAAUGAAAUCCUUCAAGAUACGUACGGCACAGAUCCAAAAGACUUAGCAGUGGAUGACAAACUUAUCACUGAUGAUAAGGAAACCUUUGUAGCUGCUGAUAUGGACAAAGAUGGUUAUCUAAAUGCAGAAGAAUUUAAAGCUUAUACACAUCCUGAAGAAACACCAAGAAUGUUUCCACUUCUAUUGAAGCAAGCUCUAGAUGACAAGGAUACAGAUAAAGAUGGAUAUAUUAGUUUCCAAGAAUUUAUUGGAAAUAGAGCUAAAGCUGAAGAUAAAGAAUGGUUGUUAAUAGAAAAAGAUAAAUUUGACUAUGAACAUGAUAAAAAUGGAGAUGGAAGAUUAGAUUCUGAUGAAAUACUUUCUUGGCUAGUACCUAGUAACGAGGAAAUUGCAAGCGACGAAGUCGAUCAUUUAUUUGCUGCAUCCGAUGACGAUCACGAUAAUAGAUUAUCGUUUGAUGAAAUUUUAGACCAUCACGAUGCUUUUGUUGGUAGUGAAGCUACAGAUUAUGGAGAUCAUUUACAAGAUAUUGAACGUUUCACGGAUGAAUUUUGAAAAUCGAUUGCUAAAUGGAUUAGCAAAAUUUUUACUUCCUUUCAUAAUAGUUAUCAACAACUUACAUGGCUGAAAAUAUUUUUAAUAAUUUUUAAUGCCAUGAUUUUAGCUCUUAUAUGUUUUGGUAUUCCUAUUUAUGCUGCAUUUAGAAUACAUUUAUAUCACCACUGAUACAAUAUCUACAAACAUUUACAAUUGCACGAAUUUGUUUAAGAUAUUCAACAAAUAGUCUCACAAGCCACAGUCUUCCAAUUUUUACAAAAGUUUAGUGCCAUAAAAAACUGGCAUCAUCUUAUACAAAUGUUAGUACAAUAAUACUUAUGUUAUAAGAUUUAGUAUCAAUAAGAGUUACCAAAAUUUUAAUUUUAUUAUUUAUUAUAUAAACAGUUGAUUAUGUACAUUGAUUUAUGUGCAUUAAUAUCUUCUUUUGUGGAAUUACAAAAAUAAGUGAAAGUAAAGUAUAAGAAUUUAGGAAAAUAGUAAUUUAAAAUAUUAAUUUUAUUAAUUAUUGUUCAGUAUUUAUAUAUAUAUAAUUAUGUUGUUUAGCGUCCACAUAUAACCUUUAAUGCAGUUUUGUCUACUUUUCAUAUUAUGUGACGAAAAAUGUAUAAUAAAUUUUU